CAUGGAAACUAGCAAUGUCAACAAUAAUCUUUCAAUUCGAUUUAGAAUAUCGUGCAACAAAUUAAUUGAAUUACAAUGUGGAAGGUUGAUAAAUAAUUCCUAUAUACAGUACCUGGAAAUAUUACAAAAUUGCUUACUCAUUCGCUGAAAAAAUGGGGCUGCUUAGCAUUUUGAAAAAGCUGCGGUCAAGUCCCGAUAAAGAACUUCGUCUCUUGCUUCUUGGUUUGGAUAACGCGGGAAAAACGACGUUGUUAAAGCAAUUGGCGUCUGAAGAUGUAAAUCAUGUAACUCCAACUGCAGGGUUUAAUAUAAAAUCUGUCCUUUCCAAUGGAUUCAAGCUAAAUGUGUGGGAUAUAGGCGGACAAAGGAAGAUCAGGCCUUACUGGCGGAAUUAUUUUGAGAAUACUGAUAUUUUGAUUUAUGUAGUAGACUGCUCAGACCACCAGCGGCUGGAGGAGACGAGUCAGGAGUUAGCGGAGCUACUACAGGAUGAGAAGCUGCGUGGAGUACCCGUGCUUGUGUACGCUAACAAGCAGGACUUGGCUACUGCUCUCCCCGCUAGCGAAGUGGCGCAGCACCUAGGGCUGCACCUGAUCAGGGACCGCACUUGGCAGAUACAGGCGUGUGUUGCCACCGACGGCACCGGCGUCAAAGAGGGUAUGGAGUGGGUCUGCAAAAACAUACCCUGCAAGAAAUAGAUUGGCUUUACCCAGUUUUUAGGGUAAUGGGUUUUAAUAGUUAUUUUUUAUGGGUAGCUUAGUGACGUCACUAGUUACAAGCCUCUAUGACGUCACGGGCUGUCCCUCAAUAAUGUCCGUCACUAGACCUAUUUGUCUCAGUGACGUCAUUAACUAAUUCACUCAGUCAUGUUGGAAGAAAACCAGGUAUGCCCAAAAGUGACAGCUAACAUGUCAAGGUUAGCCCAGCUGACAUCAUCCCACCCUGCAUUGCCAUUUCAAAAUAAAUUACCCACAACCAAUGUUUUUACUUUACUUUGCAAGGAAAUUUUGAACUUUUAGUAAAAGAUUUACUUACAGUUUUAAUUAUUUUUAUAUAUGUGACAAGUAAUAAAAUUAAAUAUAUUAGUCAGUAAUUCACUUAAUUUUCAAUAAUAAAAUUUACGUCCUUAGAAUGUUGUAGAUACCAAUUUAAUGGUAACACAGUGGUAAUAUUUAAGGGCUUGACUAGCAAUGGCGGCUUGUCAUAGGAUUGAGCAUACCUGGUUUUACCAUGCUCUCAAUGAUGUCCUUCACUAGUCCUAGUUAUGUCUCUAAAUGACGUCACUAGCUGUCUCAAUUACAUCACUAGAUAUGCCCCUCAAUGACGUCACUAGCUGUCUAGUGACCAAUGAUUAGGUUCCAAUUAAAUACACUUAAUAUUUAUGUAAAUGUACAAAUUAAUAAGCCGUCCAUAAGAUAAAUUAUUUUUUCAAUAUUGUAGAAUAAUUUAAUUUCAAUCAUGUAUUGUGUGUUACGGUGCCUUAAAUGUUAAUAAUUAGGUACUUAAUGCUGCUAGUUCCUGCAGACCCAAUCAAAUUUUAUUUUAAGUAAUACCUGUCAUUUUCUUAUCCGCCGAAAAGGGGAGGGACGGGUAAUCGAAAAACGUCAAUUUUAGGCAGAAAACUUAUACAAUUUACAUUGGCUCUGUUUUACAUUGGCUAGUAACCUAACAGAAAUAAGUUGACAGCACACGUCAAACGGGUUGAGUACAUAUUGUUCAUUUAUUCACUCAUUCAUUUUAAAAUUGACAGCUGUCAAUUAUCCGUCCCUCCUUUUCGGCGGAUAAGAAAAUGACAGGUAGAACUUAAAAUUAGAUGGUGUCUACAGGAAUGAACACCACUUGUAAUUUAUUAAUUAGAUUUUUAAUAUAAUAAUUUAAAUAAUAAUAUUGUAAAGGCAUACCUACUGAUUGCUGCUCUGAAAGUCUCAGCUUGGAGGUGCUUCGAGUAUAGUUUAAACGAAGAUUUAUGUUUAUUAGUAAAAUACUAGUCGUGGCAGUCCAGUUGGAAGAAAGCUUGACCCUCACUGUAAGGUCGCAGGUUCGAAUCCAGCACGGGCCUAAACCAACGAUUUUCGAAAUCGUUUCUCGAAUUCAUGUUUGGAUCAUAAAUGAUUAUCACGUGCUCAGCGGUGAAGGAGAACACCGUGAGGAAACCCACAUACUAACCUAACCUAACCUGUAUUGAGCUGGUUUUCCUUUCGCGGGUUGGAAGAUCAGACAGGCAGUCGCGACUGUAAAAACCGGACCUGUCAAAUUUUCAGGUUAGGUAAGCGGACCCUGUGAAAACGGGUUAAUGCUAGGGAGAUGAUGAUGUUGGGUUGAUUACUAGUAGGUCAAAUGAUUAUUCUACUUGUGAUUGGUUUAGAUAUGUUUUAGAAUAACUACUUUCUUAUUAUGAAUACUUUUAAACUCUAGUCAUUUCCUCACUUCUGUAGAUUUAGUAUAAAGUGAAUUUGCGUGCAAUGCUUAUGCCACGUGCAGACAGGAAGAACGUUACAUGACAAGUCACAUUCUGCCUAUUACCGACCAUUCUACCUAAAUAAAGAUUUCCUAAAUUUCCAUCCAAAAAAUACACGAUAUACAUUACUGUACGAACUUCCACUGAAAAUAGGUUUGAAUAAAGAUUUUAUCUAUCUAUUGCAUGUUUUAAAAUUACUAGCUGUCAAUCAUCCGUCCAUACAUUUUCGGCAUACUUGGUCCUUGUUUUCGGCGGAUAAGAAAAUGUCAAGUAGGUAGAUAUAACCAAAGAGGAUGGUAACAAAUACGUUUUAUUGUAAUAAUCGAGAUGAGGGGGGUUAAGAAGGCUACAUCGAAGCAAUUUAUCUACAAAAGCAAUACUGCAAUUUGACAUGUGAGCAUAUAAAAGUGCGCAAUGCAAACAAAUGUCAAAUAUUGCUUUUAAACUCCCCCCCCCCCCCAAGUGGACAACAAUUUCUAAGUUAUAUAUUUUCUUUUCCGCCGAAUCAGAAAGGGACGGGUAAUCGACAGACAUAGAGUUUGUGAAACACACGUCAAUUUUAGGCAGAAAUUUAAUCAACCCAAAAUGAAAAAUGUAAUUAUAAUAAGUGCGACUUUUUGUCACCUUUUUCUAUGACGUCACAGAUUGCUUUUUCAUACAAAUUCCAUAGUAAUUUCGUGUUUUGACGUUUAGUAAAAAGUAACUGAUUUGACUAGUUGGAAACUACUGUUAGAAGGUAUCUGCCGGAAUCCAGGGCGUGUCGCUUAUGUAAUUAAUUCAAUGUGGUAGGUGCGUAUUAUACUGUAACAAUUGUCGUUUCUUCACUGUUUUAUAACAAUAAAUCAACUACGAAUACUUA